GUUGUCGAGAGGCAGCUCGGCGGUGCGGCUGUAAGCGAGGGCGGUGACGACAAUGACGACGCUGGCUCGGUCAGGACCCUGGGCGCCGACACCGUGGCUACUGGAGUGAGUGGAGCCCCGAGGAAGAGGAAGUCAAAGGCCCAGGAUGCCAAGGAGCAGCAGGAGAAAGCUGCCAAGAUUGCUCGUCAGUCAAGGUCGGUUUGCUGCUUUGGCACCUGCGGCAAGAAGUUGACUGCGAGUGACAAGAGGGAGAACAAGAUAUGCUGCCCAGUCCAUUACAAGCCAUGGGCCAUCGGGUACGCGUACAUGACAGAGGAGGAGGCUGGAACGAAGUACGGCGACGACCCAUCAUUCAGGAACGCCUUCGACGACUCCUCGAAGUACAUGGUUGACAACGAGAUCGAGGUAGACAGAUUCUCUCCGAAGCAGGUCGAGGAUAGCUCUGAGCAGAAGGCUUCCUGCCAGCGUAUCCUUGGCUUCUGGACUCGCCCUGAGAUCUUUAACAAUUUUAAAUAUAUGCCAGAACAGCUCGGGUACAAGUGCUUCAAGCUGUGGGACGAGUUCGGCACGCCCACCUUGGGCGUUCUCACAAGCGAUCUUGAAGGAGCCCCUCGGACGUUCACAUUCGAGUUCUCCAAGAUGUUGAGUUUGUCGAAUCUUUUGGCCCGCCCAGCCUCUACUAUUCACGAUGGGCAAUGCGAUUUGGUAUACGAGAGUGCCACGGGCAAAUUCCACGGUCAGCUCGACCCCAGCGGCAGCACUAUCAUUUCUAUGAGUACCUUGUUGUCUCGGGCUGCGAAGAAGGAGGCAGAUAAGAAGGAGGCGGAGCGCCAAAAGCAGGAGGAAGAGGAUGCGGAGCUUCGCGCCCUCAGUCUGCAUGACGACUCCAGUCAGCUCGACAAUGGUCGGGGCCCCUCCGCGAGGUUCGAGGCUGACGAGUUCGAGAAAGACGCUGACAUCCUGUCCGUUGGGGCCGAGCCUGCUGCUGUGACCCCAGAGAAGCCUCCCUCGAGCGGCCAAGCACUCCGGGCCUUGUCAGGAACAAAAUCUUUGGACAGCCUUCCGGACCCGAGCGUUCAGGAGUUCAUGCCCGAUGUCAAUUUCGCGAAGGCCCUCGCUGGGAGGACACCUGGCGGCCACGGCAGGGAGAGGAACACGCUGAAGGGAUACAUCACGGAGCCCGAGAACAUGGGGCGAGAGGAGGCAGUCAUGAUGAAGGAGCACCACGACUUGCACAAGCAGUGCGAGCAGUUCUCUACCGAGCAAGGCUGGCUCAAUGCAUCGGACGAGGAGCUUGGUUCGUUCGCGGCUGACCUCAAGAAGCACAACGUCGACCUUCCUACGUCUGCGAAGCUUAGCUGCAUGUCCCGAGCAUUGCGUGAUUGGACGCAGUUUCAGCACAGCAUCGAAGACAAGGCCGCGCAGCUCCUGAGCAUGAUCACUCCGUGGCCCUCGGACGGGGGCAGCGUGGACAGCUUCGACCCCGAGAACCCCCUCGCUCGGCACAUCGAGGGCAGCCCUUCCGAGAAGAUGGAGAGGUUGCGGGAGUGCUUGAUCUCGAAGAUCCUCGCGCCCAUGAUCAGAGAUGGCGCGCCCUCCUAUGACUCGCUGCUGCGAGUCGUCCACGUGGUCUUGGACAUGAUCACGGCUGCUUCUGACAGCAAGCAUAUCGACUUCGAGGUCUACGAGGACCACGCCGACCAGAUGAUGUCUAUGCUUCGGGCGGUCCUGGUUGUGAUGGAAACAGACACCGUGAAGCUCAAGGAGUACAAUGCCACCUCGAAAGACUACGACCGCUUGCAAGAGUCGACAGGGCAAGGCGGGAUGUCCAACGUAUUGACGGCCAUGAAGCAGAUUUCUCACUACAAGGUGCUUCUUGGAGAGUUCAUUCGCACUCGCAAGGAUUGCGAGACCUACUUGCCACGCCUGGAGGAGUAUGGGCAGAAGCUGUCCAGCAAGACCGAGCACAGCUUCCAGGAUGACAUGACCAUGAUCAUGCAGGCGUGGAAUCUCAUUAAGCAGACGCACGGUAAGCUUCGGAAGGGCCAGGGCACCAAGCUCAGAUCCCAGGCCGAGCAGGCUACGCUCCAGAUCACGGGCAGCCUUCCAGAUAUGAUCGAGCAGGGCAGGUUCCCGCCCGAGAGGAGUGCUGAGCUCAAGGGGCUGGUGGAUAUCACCUCUCAGAUGUCCUUCGCGCUGCCGAAGCGAGACUUGUUCUCGAGUUAUGUCGUGCGCAUCCAGCAGGAGAACAGCAUUGGAAACCACGUCGGCACGAUGAUCAAGUGCAUGCGAGCGUUCCAAUGCGAUGCUGAGCGCGAGACUCGCGCUGCUGACAUCAAAUCUCUUCAUGCCCAAGUCAAGGCGUACAUCGAGUUCGGCGUGCAGUCGUUACCUGAGGACCUGUCAGACAGCAUCGACCAGUUCAUGGUCAAAGUGAUGAUUGCCAUGGGGAGUGGCGAGGACAUGAAUAUGAUUCAGGCCGUGCUCGAAUACAUUCGGUUGGUGUGCGAUCUUGGUCUCGAUCUCAUCGCUUUGAAGGGGGAUUUGUCAGAGCAGAUGGUGCAGUUCAAAGUAUGCCUGACCGAGUUGUCCAACAUCCAGUGGGACCUCGUGGCGGUCGUGGGCUUCAAGAAGCACGGAGCCACGGCGGAGGCCAUGUGGCAGCGCAGCAAGGGCACGUCGGAGCUCGGCCAAUUCGUUGCCGCGAGUGCGGCCAUGACUGAGGCGAGUGCAAAGAUCAAGCUGGACUUCUUCACUCGUUGGCACGCGCAGGUGCAAGAGUUGGCCUUGGAGGUGGCCACAUUUGAUUGCAACUAUCAGGUCGAAGACGCCCUGCAGGCAUGCGAGAAACACUUCUCGCACUCCAUCACCACGGGCGUCGAUGAGGGCUUGUGGCACGACGGCCUCAAUGACGCCACGACCCUCGACCAGUACUUGGAGAAGGCCAAGGAGAGCAUCUUCAAGAUCUGUCGGCCCUCGGCGCUCAAGACUGCGAUUGAUGUGGUGUCGGUGAAGCUUGCGGCGGCCAAGAACAGCCGCGAUCUCCACGGCGACAAGGACGAGGGCCGCCACGCUGCGGUGGAAGACAUCGCUACCAAGCUUGGCCGUGCCAAGGUGACCCAGGCUGAGUGUCUCAUGCUCGUGUGCUGCAGGGACUUCGCCGACACCCCGCUGAAGCUCAAGAGGAACAUCAAGAUCCACCUCAGCAACCUCAGCUCCAAGGAGAGCAGUCUCAUCCCGAAGGGUUUGAUGCGCAUAUUUGAGGAGAAAGCUGAUGUCAAGCGCAAG